AUGCGGCAUUUUUCGACCUGCGGCGUCUUCAAGGCAGCGCUGGCUUGUUUGUAUACAACCUUGGUUUUACCAGCGACUGCCUACUCAUGCGCAUUCAGUGACAACACCUGUAUCGACAGCAUCGCGCAGGUUUCUAUUUCCUUCCAGUUUGAGUCCAUUUCGCCCUCUCCACUCCUCUUCUUCUACGCCUUCGAUGGCGGCUUCUCGUACGCAAACGGCUCGUCGGUGAUCAAAGUGGGCUAUUGGCUACAGUACGAUCAAAGCCAGCUGACAGCUUAUAAUGAACUUUCUAAUGGUACCAAUUGGACGACCGAAGCCGCUCUUCGUAUUGGAAAUCUAGGCGGAUAUGUGGGCGGGUCCAAUAAUGGUUGUGACGGGGUCUGGGGGAAUGCAUGUUCGGAAAGCCUAAAAUUUUUCUUGCAGACAUCAAUGUUCAACCUCGCUCGUUCGGGGAUACCCUAUGACAUGCCUCUGCAAACAGUGUUGCAGCCGUUGACUGACGGCAUCCCGGGUCCUUAUAUUCAAGGAUGUCCAUCUACACUAUUUCAACUCAAUGACAUUCCCACUUACGCCGUCAUCAACAAGACCACUUUUGGUUAUACCGACCAAUCGACCAACGUGAGCGUGGCUCCCUCUGGUAGCGCAUCAUCUUCAUGGCGAACAUGGACCAUUCCCGACAUAACCCCUAUGCAGCAGGCCCGCGAGGUUGCUGUCGGUAUUAUAACUCGCGGGCCAGUAUAUGGUUCGGAGCCAUUAACAAGCCCCGACGACAUCCAAAUCGAGCUGGUUUGCUCAAGAGCUCCUAAGCAAGGUCACUUUCCUGAUCCGGGUCCAGGCGGACCUCCUGAUGACAAAUCGGGUCAGGGAUUUGCGCGCGGCAUCAUCAAAACAUAUGCUUUUGACGAUGACUAUGAUUACGAAGACGAAGUGGAAGACGAUAAUGAAAGUGACGAUAGCUUUGAGGCAAAUGGAUACGUCAAGUGUGCUGAAGUGGGUACCUGA